GUCAGAGACAACCAGAGAACGAAACAUUAUUGGACGUGUACCUGUCAGCGAAUAUCCAAUUUGACGAUAAGCUUUUGGGCACGUUAAACAUUUACCAUUGCGCUUGUUAAAUUGUCCUCCGCCGGGAGGCGUAUAAAUAGCGUGCUUUCUAGCGUCGAUGAAAUUUCACUGUCAGAAGUAAAAUUUCGCAUCCCGUGAUGGGACUAUUACGGCUAGUUGUGAUUGGUUACGUGCUGCUGAUAUGCUGCCUAAAGGAUGGUGAAUCUACCGUAAAGUAUCUUCCCCGGCAAGACAUCGUACGGCAGUGGUGGGAGUCGGCUGUCCUGUAUCAACUGUUACCACGCUCCUUUCGUGAUAGUAAUGGAGACGGAAAUGGUGAUUUGCGCGGUUUGCUCGACCGGUUCGAUCACUUGAUCGAGCUGGGUGUAACGGGCAUUUGUUUGGGUCCGAUAUUUCGCUCACCGAUGCGUGACGCUGGAUAUGACACUUCAGAUUUUCGUGACAUUGAUCCAAUGUAUGGUUCGAUGACGGAUUUGGACGAGGUACUGCUACGUGCGAAGGCAGCCGGUAUGAAGGUGGUGCUGGAUUUUGUACCGAACUAUACGAGCGAGCAGCACGAGUGGUUCCAGAAGAGUGUACGAAAGAAUGAAGCAUACCAUGACUACUACAUCCUGCGAGAUGGUGCCGAACCGGGAGAGGACAGAGAGGGUACACCACCAAACAACUGGGUGCGUAGAAGUGAUUUGUUUCCUGCACGGUUGAUUGUAAGCUAUGGGUGAUGGGUUUCUUCUUGUGACAGCAAUCACUGUACCGUGGGUCGGCCUGGACUAAGAAUGUACGUGGUACCGAGUUCUAUCUGCAUCAGUUCGGCACGACCGAACCGGAUCUGAACUAUCGCAAUGCAAAGGUAAAGCAGG